AUGUUGGAUGGGACACAAAACAAAAAACAGCCUCAGGAGGCGGAUGGACCUGGUUCGGACUCGAAAGGACAGUGUGAUGAUGAUCUUGUGGGAGCUGGAGCAGCUCUGUCAUCGGCCGCAGUGCUGGUAGACACAACACACCAGAGUGGCCCUGCGAAAGAAGCUGACCCUUGUGUGGCACCCACCGGCGCCACAGCUUUCAACGAAGACGGGCCAGAGAAGAAGAAGCGGAAUCGCUGCACCAUUUGCAAGAAGAAAGUCGGCCUCACUGGUUUUGGAUGCAGAUGUGGUGGCCUGUUUUGCGCCAUACAUCGUUAUAGUGACAAGCAUGACUGUAGCUUCGACUACCGCUUGCACGGCGCUGAAGAGAUCCGGAGAAAUAACCCCGUUGUCAAGGGCGAAAAAUGUAUAGCAGUGCGGCGAGUUCACAGUACUGUUCUGGAAAAGGAUAAGACGACGACGACAACCACCGCUAUCAUUGACGUGAAAACAACAAUGUGA